AUGGGCAUCCGUGGCAUGCUGCGAGCCGCCGUGCUCCUACUGCUCAUCAGGACCUGGCUCGCGGAGAGCAACGACCCCAGUCCCAUCCCGAAAUUCCACUUCGAGUUCUCCUCCGAUGUGCCCGACGUCGUCCUGAACCUCUUCAAUUGCAAAAAUUGCGCAAAUGAAGUUGUGGUUCAAAAGAUUUUGGACAGGGUGCUGUCAAGAUAUGAUGUCCGUCUGAGACCAAAUUUUGGAGGUGCCCCAGUGCCCGUGAGAGUGUCUAUCUAUGUCUCCAGCAUUGGACAGAUUUCGGAAAUAAGUAUGGACUACACCAUCACGAUGUUUUUUCAUCAGACCUGGAAAGAUUCACGCUUAUCCUACUUUGAGACCAACCUGAACCUGACCCUGGACUAUCGGAUGCAUGAGAAAUUGUGGGUCCCCGACUGUUACUUCCUGAACAGCAAGGAUGCUUUUGUGCAUGAUGUGACAGUGGAAAAUCGCAUGUUCCAGCUUCACCCAGAUGGGACGAUGCGGUAUGGCAUCCGACUCACCACCACGGCAGCCUGUUCCCUGGACCUGCAUAAAUUCCCUUUGGAUAAGCAGUCGUGCAAGUUGGAGGUGGAGAGCUAUGGCUACACGGUGGAAGAUAUCAUGUUAUCCUGGGAAGACGAUGGGAACGCCAUCCGUAUGACUGAGGACCUGCACAUCCCUCAGUUUUCUUUCCUGGGGAGGACAAUCACUAGCAAGGAAGUGUAUUUCUACACAGGUUCCUACAUGCGCCUGAUACUGAAGUUCCAGGUCCAGAGGGAAGUCAACAGCCACCUUGUGCAGGUCUACUGGCCUACCGUCCUCACCACCAUUGUCUCCUGGAUUUCGUUUUGGAUGAACUACAGUUCUUCUGCAGCCAGAGUGACAAUUGGUCUGACUUCAAUACUCGUCCUGACCACCAUCGACUCACAUCUGCGGGACACACUCCCCAACGUUUCCUGUAUCAAGGCCAUUGACAUCUAUAUCCUCGUAUGCUUCUUCUUUGUGUUCCUGUCCUUGCUGGAGUAUGUCUACAUCAACUAUCUUUUCUUCAGCGAAGGUCCUCGGCGCCAUCGCAGGCGACACAGGAGACCCCGAAGAGUCAUUGCCCGCUACCGCUACCAGGAGGUGGUGGUGGGAAAUGUGCAG